GGGGCGGACUCAGUCGGGAACCGCCGCCGGGUGGGCACUGGUCAGCGAGCGUCGCGAGCGUCACGGAGCAGUGUGACGACGCGUCACGGUCGUGACGGCUGCCGACACUGUGAGUCACAGAGGAAGUGUGACGGCUUGAGAAGGUCGGGACUGUGGGUGGAGCUGUGACGAAACUGUGACACCACAGUGCCUGGAGGGAGAAUCGUAACCGACGGCGGAGAGCGGCGGUGACGACAGACUGGGAAAUACUGGAGCGGUCAAGGCUUCCUAGUUGGGGACCACGGCUGAACUUUGGACUCUGAGAGGGAAGAAACGGAGGGCAUCCUCACAGGAAGCGGCACCGUCGCAAAAACCUAAAACAGUUUUGGUUGAAACUGUUUCCGACUGGCCCAGCUGAGGUGAGUUUGGCUCUCCAGUCGGCGGACCGCCGCGGUCGGAGGGGUCAGAGCGGGUGACCGGUGAGGGGUCGCGUCUGACGGCGAGGGGUGUUUCUGACGGCGAGGGGUGUUUCUGACGGCGCCGGCCGGAGACAGACCCAUGGCGUGUGCGGCGGCCACCGAGCCGGCCCGACAGGAGAUGUACGCCUUCUACGACGAGCGGGCCGCGGUGCCGGCCACCGGGCAGAUGCCGCUCACAGAGUUCGGCUUCAUGCCGCUGGAGAGCCAGCCGCACCCGCACACCGAGCAGCUGCACGGAGAGCAUCAGCAGCAUCAGGAGCAUCCGCAGCACCAGGAAAUGCACCCGGAACAUCAACAACAUCAGGAGAUGCACCCAGAGCAUCAACAGCACCAGGAGAUGCACCCAGAACAUCAGCAGCACCAGGAGCUACAUCCAGAUCAUCAGCAGCAUCAGGAGCAUCACCAGCAUCACCAGGAGCAUCCUCAGCACCAGGAGCUGCACCGCCAGGAGUCGCAGCAGGAGCUACAGCAGGAGCGGGCCGACCUGCCGCCGGAGCCGUCAGAGGUAAUGCACCCCGAGAUGCACCCUGAAAUGCACCCCGAGAUGCACCCUGAGAUGCACCCGGCAAUGCGGCCCGAGCACCACGCGGAGCUGCACCCGUCGCACGCGCAGCAGCACGCGGCGGCAGCCCACUACUACUGGUCCCAGGAGCAGCAGAUGCACCAUCCUCAGCACCACGGCCAGCCGCUGCACCACCCGCAGAUGUACUCGGAGGAGGACUACAGGCAGUUUGACAUGAAAAUGACAAUGUCCGGCUCGAAAACGUCGAGUUUCAGUGUGCGUGACAUAUUGAACCUGGGCGAGGUGAAGCCGCCUCCGAUGGGCGCUCACACCCCGCGGCCUCCCGGAGAAGUGGGCAUGGUGGCGGAGGAGUACGGCGGUGCCCUGUACCCGGCGGCGUACCCGUACCCGGAGGAGGGGUACGAGUACCGUCAGCCGGCCGGCGGGUACCGCGCCGAGUACUACGAGCCGCGCUGGCCAGCCGCCGAGGCCGCGCCCGUGUACCCAGCAGAGCCCGUGGAGCCGGCGGUCGCCCCGAAGGUCGAGGGCGACUCUCCGGGCUCGCCGCCGCGCUCUCCGACUGACGAGCGGACGUCGAGCACGCCCGCGCGGCUCUCCGACAUCCCCGCGACGGUGCCGACGUCUCGCGCCUCGCCCUCCGAGGACGCCGACGAGGCCGACGAGAAGGAAAGCGGCGGACGGAAGCGCAAGCGGCGCGUCCUCUUCAGCAAGACGCAGACGUACGAGCUGGAGCGCCGGUUCCGGCAGCAGCGCUACCUGUCCGCGCCCGAGCGGGAGAACCUGGCCAACCUGAUCGACCUGACGCCCACCCAGGUGAAGAUCUGGUUCCAGAACCACCGCUACAAGACCAAGCGCGCCACCCAGGAGCAGGGUCACGAGCUGCUGCCGUUGCCGUCGGCGGCGCGCCGCGUGGCCGUGCCUGUGCUGGUGCGGGACGGCAAGUCGCUGCCACCGGCGCCGGCCGCCGGGUACGGCCCGCCGGCGCCCUACCCCGGUCACGAGCUGCUGCCGUUCCCGCCUGGCGUACCGGGCGUGCCCGGCGUGCCCACCUCCGUGGUGGCCUCCAUCGCCAGCCUGCCGGCCUACAACCGGCCGCCCUACCCCUACUGGUGACCUGCCGGGUCACUGAACCAUUACUGGUGACCGGCCAGGUCAUAGAACCCUUACUGGUGAACUGGUGACCAGUAGCCGCACGGUGCUCCAAAACUGCGGCAGUAGUGACACACUGCCCGAUCUCAGGUUGGCCAGAAUGACAAUCGUGACGUGGCUGUGGCGAAGAGCCCUCCAGUGGCCGGCCGGAAGCGUUACGUUGUUGUCUGUUGGUGCUGUCGCCGUGCAUUUGCGAAUGUCGCCCGUUUGGACACGAGCCUUAGAACAUGUGGAAGUCUCUGGUGCCUUUACAAACCGCCUCCGUUACGUUUUCCCUCGAGCUUAUGCGACAUUGCCAAUGGAACCGAUGCUUAUCACUUGUCUUGUCAACUUGUCUAUUUAUCUUUAUCUUUUGAUUAACACUUGGUUAUAUUUUUAACCAAUCGACUUUGCUGUCGUGGGCUUAUUGUUAUACGUGUCCUAGGUAUGCCUAGGUAGGUAUGUUAACUUCAACAUUUUCAAGCCCAUGAAGAGGAAGACAUUCACUGUUCAUGCUCUGUAUCUAAUUAGGCAUCACUUAUCAGCGACUGCUUACUCUUCCCGCUUGUUCCCUCCUUCUUCGUUUUCGGGCCAAAUGAACUCUGACCUUUAAUCAUCGGAGCGCCUUAAGUUAUUGACCUCCUUAUAGUGUGACCACCCUAGUCGCUCAAAUGUUUGUUCUGCUUUCCGAAAUGCCAUGGAUGUUACGAGAUUGUAUAUCGCUUCUCUUCUUUCUUAAUUGCACCGUGGCUCUGCAACAGUCGCGCUGACCCCUAAAACGCGACCCCGCUGCUCGCGAUAAAGGAGUCGCGGGCCUUCAACGUACAAUAUUAGUUGUUCUGGCCGGCUCAUUAUAUUGUAGUGAGCACCGGAAUAAUGUGAUAUUAUGGUGUAGCUUAGACGGGCAAUUGUUUGCUGUACGGAAUGAGUGUGUCGCUUGCUGUAAGACGCGGAAUAAUUGGGCAUGACAGUGUUUUGACAUCGUUGUGUUACCUUGGAAAAUUGUCGAACGAUAUUGGCAUCACACAUAUCAAAAUGUAUGGUAGUGGCGUAAUGGUAUGAAUGUUCAAUAAGGUAUUUUGUUCGCUUGUAACGAUACCUAUCUAGGUUGUGUCUUGUUUUACCAUUCACUUGCAAAUAGGCAUUUUGUGAGAUCAUUGCUAUUGAGUAUGCAUAUAGAAGCUGUUAUUCGGUUUCUGCAUAUAAUUCAAAUGCUUUAUUAGCCAUGCAUCUUUGGACAGCUUAGGCAUUUUAACUUAGCGGCAUGAUCAGUUAAUGGCGACAUGGAUGAAAGUGAGCACAGGAUGCUACCCUUAAUUGACCAUUGUGUAGUGAGCAUGUUGAACGCACGACUGACUGAGUGAACAAACAAAAUAUAACUUAUCAACGCUGAACUCGAUAAAA